UUUAGAAAAUAUUGAUUCUACUAUAAACAAUACUGACAACAGAGGGUCUGAAGAAGAAUUAUCCAAUUGUAGUUAUAAAAGAAGACUAAGUGUGACUCCACCAUUAGAAACAAAUUGUAAAAUUAAUAUUAGUAAUCAAAGAAUCAACUCUGAAGAACCUACAAUAAAUUUUAGUGAAUUGGAACAAGAUCAAAAUAUACUAGAAGCAGAUCCAGAAAAUGAUGAACUACAAUCACAGUCAUUGAUUGAACCAAUACCACCUUCCAUAAAGACUGGCCAUCAAUUGUUUUACUUGUUAAACGCACCAGAAGAAGGUGGCAAUGUUUCUUGGACGUCAUUACCACAGUUCGAUAAAAAUCGAUACAGUCGCGCCGUGUCCUUAUUGAAAAAAGAUUAUAUUUCUAAAUAUAAGGAAUAUUUAGAAAGUUUGAGCUCAAAGGAGUUAUUUGAACAUUAUUAUAAAACAGUUAUUUAA